CAAGUAGAAUUGACGUGGUUUACGACACGGUCAUCGUUAUUUAUUUGACGGUUAUUAAAAAGCAAAAAAAUAUAUUUCUCUCUUUUUUUUUGAAAUAUCAAUGUGUCAAAAUUAAUUUUAAACAGAUUAAAAAAUUAAGUUAAAUAAUAAAUGGUUUCUUUGUUGUUUAAUAAAAGUUUAUUAACCAAAAUUUCAUUAAAAAAUAUCAACCACAUUUAUUGAUUUUUCGAUCGAUAGAAACCAAAUGGUCUGUAAAAAGUCUAUGAACAAAAGAAGGAGAAAAUUCAAGAAAAAAACAAUACAAAUGUUACUGGCAUUCUAUUAGAUCAGACGGUUCUUGACCUACCAGUUUUUAUGUGAAUAAUGUCACAAAUUCAGGUCACCAAAUAAAAGAAGCUUCGUUAAAGUCAUAGAUGCAUAGGCUGUCGUAGAUUAUUUGAGUAUAACAGCAUCAGAAAUGUAAGGUAUGAUCACGUUGGUUAUGGUUGGGUUGCUCCUAGUUGCGGAAUCCACAUAUGGAAAAAACCUCGAAAUCAGUAACGACUCUGGUCUCGACAGAGUCAAAUUAAAGAGCAAUAAUUUGAAAAAGACUGUAACAGACGACGACGAGUCUUAUCGUCUGACAUGUUAUACAUGCGUCAACGUCAGCGAUAACCAGAUGUGCAACAAAUGGGCAAUAGAUACUCCUUGUCCAAGUGAUGGAAAGGAUUUUUGUCGCUCACUUCAUAUUCUCGACAGCCGUGGUAAUAGCGCUCUGGUGAACAAAAGCUGUGCAAGUAGUAAAGAAUGUAGUCCGGCAUCCGUCGGCUGUAUUCCAAUAGACACACAGACGAUAUGCAUAAGCUGUUGCGACAUGAGUUACUGCAAUAUUGAAUCACCAACUAAUUCAACAAAUGCCAUUUAUUCACGCAAAAGACGUGAAAAAUCCAAAGGGAAGAAAAAAAAAUUGGAAAAAAAUUGUUCGAUGCAAUUAUUUGAUAGUCAAUUGUCAUACUAUUUGAAAAUAAUUCUUAUUGCUUUAUACUUUUGUGCAUAUCAUGAUUGA